AUGUCUACACUCGAAGAUCUCGACGACAUCGAGCGCCACGAGAAGGAAGAGAAGAAGGACGAUGAUAAGAAAGACGGAGACAAACAAGGAAAGAAGGCCGAUGGCGAUGCAGAGAUGGAGGAUGCGGAGCCAGAGGAGGAGCAGCUCGACGAGGAGAUCCUCAACUCAAGCACACGAGACAUCGUUGCACGAAGGCGGUUACUGGAGAAUGACAUGCGCAUCAUGAAGAGCGAGUACCAACGACUCACACACGAAAAGGCCUCAAUGAACGAGAAGAUCAAGGACAACCUAGAGAAGAUCGAGAACAAUAGGCAACUGCCCUAUCUCGUUGGAAACGUCGUCGAGAUUCUUGAUCUGGACGUCACCGAAGAAGCCGCUGAGGAGGGAGCAAACAUCGAUUUAGACGCCACCCGCGUCGGCAAGUCGGCCGUUAUCAAGACCUCUACGCGACAGACCAUCUUCUUGCCCCUCAUCGGACUAGUCGACCACGAGAAGCUCAAGCCCGGUGACCUCAUUGGUGUGAACAAGGACUCAUACCUCGUUCUCGAUACAUUACCCGCAGAGUACGACAGUCGGGUGAAGGCUAUGGAAGUUGACGAGAAGCCGACUGAGAAGUACACUGAUGUCGGAGGUCUGGACAAGCAGAUUGAGGAGCUUGUCGAGGCUGUAGUCUGGCCUAUGAAGGAGGCUGAGCGAUUCAAGAAGAUUGGCAUCAAGGCGCCAAAGGGUGCACUGAUGUACGGCCCUCCUGGUACCGGAAAGACCCUUCUCGCGCGAGCCUGCGCUGCGCAAACCGACGCCACGUUCCUCAAGCUCGCCGGUCCACAACUCGUACAGAUGUUUAUCGGUGACGGUGCAAAGUUGGUCCGUGACUGCUUCGCUCUGGCGAAAGAAAAGGCCCCCUCAAUCAUCUUCAUCGACGAGUUGGAUGCCGUCGGUACAAAGCGAUUCGAUUCCGAGAAGUCCGGAGACAGGGAAGUUCAGCGAACCAUGUUGGAGCUGCUGAACCAGCUGGAUGGUUUCGCCUCAGACGACCGUGUCAAGGUCCUUGCUGCGACGAACCGAGUCGACGUCCUGGAUCCCGCUCUGCUACGUUCUGGACGUCUGGACAGGAAGAUUGAAUUCCCGCUACCCAACGAGGAGGCUCGCGCACAGAUCAUGCGCAUCCACUCGCGGAAGAUGACGGUUGACGACGCUGUCAACUGGCAAGAGUUGGCGCGUAGUACCGACGAGUUCGGUGGUGCGCAGCUGAAGGCUGUGUGUGUCGAGGCUGGUAUGAUCGCUCUCCGGACUGGUCACCAGAAGAUUAGUCACGAGCAUUACGUUGAUGCUAUUGCUGAGGUGCAGGCUAAGAAGAAGGACACGGUCAACUUCUACGCUUAA